AUGCCUAUUCCUACACGCUCAGCCUCGCUGCGCGAGCCACGUAAACAGACCUCCAAUAUAGCACGACCUACCACGAAACCUUUACCCACCGCUGGAAGAGAAACGACUGAGAAUGAGAAGAGCCGCUCAUCAUCGAACUCCUCGCUGGUCGAGGCCCCGAAAGACAAUGGAGCCCGUGGGAGGACUCAGCUCCCUCAGCGCAAUACCCUGACAGACCGUCCAACCGGUCAGCGGCUUCAGCCCAGCAAGCUCCCACGCGGGGAUCCGUCACCGACAAGACGAGAUAGAUCCCCAGACAAGAAAAUGGGACGACCAGACUCUUCGGCCGCGAAGCCUACGACAUUACUCAACCGCCGACAAAGCCUCAUGCGACCCGCCUUGAAGACGCCCGCGAAACCUAUUAUCCCACCAAAGAGCUCGGCCACACCCCCGUCACCCCGAAAACCGCCAGUCAGAGCUCCAGUCCAGCCUCCUCCAUCCAGAAGACCUCCCUCGCCUAAAAAGACCGACAUGCCACCCCCGCCACGACCAACCCGCUCCUCUUCCCUUAGACAGCCUGUCAGCGCUACCCAGCCACGACCUACGAAAUCAUCCAAGCCUCCGACGCCUGUUGCGGAUGCAAUCGACACAGGCAAUCUAUUGAUUCCUGCGUCGUGGCCGGACAUUACAGCUCUACAGACUGAACUCCUUCAAUUAAGCUUGUUCCAUUCCAGUUCGUUACAGAGGCAGGCUGAGUGGAUGUCUGCUUCGGAGACCCAUCUACGCAAGAAGUACGAUGAAGUAGCUGGUCAAUACCGGUCGUUGAUAGCAGAUGAAACGCGACGCCAGUGUGAGCUUAAUGCACAGGCUCUUGGUCUUUGGCUUUCUAGUUGCCAGGAGCAUCAUGGUCCACAUGACUUUUCUGAGCAAAUUCAAAUUCUAUCACAGGUUAUACAAGACGUUUCCGAUAUGGUUGCUGCUGAAGGAAGUGGGAAAUACUCCUGUGCUGUCAAAUCGUUUGAGGAUUGGAUUGACCACGCCGAGUUCAUUCGCCAGAACCGUGAAGUGAACAAGAGUGAUGCCGGUGUCUUCAUUGACCCCUUACCACGCAGCUGGAAGGAGUCACUACGUGAGUUGAAUCUCAAACUGGAGCUCUGUACACGCCAUUUACAAACCCUUGACAUCCUGGGCUUCGGCCAUGUGGAACAACUGGAAGGAGCUGCCCUUACGAGGGUGAUCCUGAAUCUGGGAGAAUUGAUACAGCUCAUGACACAAGAGAUUCGUGUAAUACGAACACUCGAGGCAGAGGUGGUGCGCUCGGAGAGAGAUUCCGUCAGUCUUCUUGCGACACAACUCGCAGGAUCUCCGAGAGAGAUGAGAGCUCCCCGAGUUGGGGUGUGGAGGAGUUAG